GCCACCUUUGAUAAUAGACGACUCACAUAGUAACUCCAUGUUUAGUAUUUAGUUUGUGGUUUAUUUAUUUGAUUUGUUUAAUUCAUAAUUAUCACACUGCCUGAUUAGUGUGUGACAUUAAAAAAGGAAAAUAAUAAUAAUUUCAAUGUGCUUUUCGAAUGUAAUAUAGAUUAUUAAAGUAGUACUAAAUACUCUUUUGAAUUACCUACAAUUCGAUCCAUGAUACGCUCUAAAAUGUGUUCAGUGUUCUGAAGUGUUUUAUUUAUGAUCACACUCUUCAAUAAGGAAAUCUAUUUGACACCAAAUCUAUCAAAAUGAUGGUCAAAAUCUCCGGCCUACCACCCAAUAUAAAAUGUUAUGAUGUAAAGACGUUAAUUAAGAGAGAAUGCAAUAUAAUUGAUAUAAUAUUAGAUGAUUUAGUGGGCGAUGUCAAUGCUUGUAAGACAAUCAGGGUCGGUCUGGCUGAUGAUGAAGAAGGAUGCCGUGUUAUAAAGUGCCUCAAUGGGUUCCGUUUCGGAGACAAAUACAUAAUUAAAGUUGAACAAGUCUGUAAAUCUUCGUCAUCGAACACUAAACAGACUGACUCUGGUCCUGCAGACAGAUACCAACCGACAAACUAUCACAAUUAUCCGGGAACGAACAGUUCUAAUGAUCAUAAAAUAGGAUAUCCAUCAAACAAAUCCGGUAACCAAUCGUUAACAUCCCAGGGCCCUGGUAACUAUGAUAAGGGGCCUUAUGGUUCACAGGGUCAUUGGAAAGAGUCAUCACAAUAUAUUACAAAAACAGAUGACUUCAGAGCAUCAACGAAUUUCAAUGUCGACCAAUCCGGCUACCAGGCUGGCCACAACCAAAACCAAUGGGGGAAUAAGAACACAUCGCGACCGCAGAAUUUCGAUUCAUUCACAGCACCUAAUCUAACUAAUACAAGGGACUGCCGUAGCCCUGAUCAGAGCCGAAGCGUAACAAUGUCGACGCCGCUCUUAACAAAAAUACUACAUAACCUAACCAAUCCACCACAGCGCUUAAUACAAAACGAUGGGUCGUCAUCGCCUCCAAGACGUAAUUCAUCGUUUGGAAGACAAGAAUCAAGGAAUAUCGGGCGAUCGCAGUCUCCCCAUGAAAAUACGCCUCAAACACGUCAUCGUCAACCCGAAAGACCUGUCUCGCCAGGAAAACGAGCGAUGCAACAAGGAUGGCAAAGUGAUUUCAAGCAAACACCACAAAGGACCAAGGAUGUUCCAUCGAACCGAAAUAUAUCGCCGCCUGGUCAACGUACUCCUGCUGGCAGGCCAAAGUCGCCGUCUUGGACAGCUCCGAUCAGAUAUUCCCCGCCCAGAGCGGCAGCUAGACAACAAUUUCCUUCAAGUGCGCGAGUAUUCGAUUUUCGUCGGCCAGGUGAGAAAUCUAUGAGUGGCCCCCAUGUGAUGCAGCCUCCGGGACCAACCCAACCAGGGUACACGAACGUAGACAACAAAAACGUAAGGUUUCCUCCAUUCGUUCGUACGAAUAACCCAUACGAACAAUAUAUGGAGAACAAUCCGGCGUCAAGUCAAGCACGACCACAGCACAUCCAGUCGCAAGAAACAAUCCAACCUAUGUACUCAGGUGGCUAUCCGUCAAGUCAUAAAGGAAACGCUUCACAGCCGGCAUGGGGACCAGUUCAAAAAACAUCAUGGCAACAAGAGACGAAACGUGUUCUCGACCCGAAAUUGGGAGACAACGUAAAUUUGCCUCCACCUGUGCACAUGCGAUCGCCGAGAUCGCCCGUUCGCCGAGAUUCUAGUAUCGGCCAACCCGUCUGGGGCGAGACACACAACGUGCAAGCUGACAAUGCUCGUAACCCCGGCUGGAGACCAGACCCAUUUCAAGAAACCGUCGCCAAGAGACAAUCUGGCGCUGGCAACGUGCAACGUUUCGAAAAUAGUUUAGGAGGUCGGAGUGACUUUUAUGAAGGGAUCCAACAUCCACCACCCGGCUCGUUUCGUUCGAACGUGGACCCUCAGACGAACGAUUACCGCGAGCCGAAUAGCAGCACCAGGAGUUCAAAGGAGAGUUUCCAAUUCCAGCGGAUGCAACGGCCAUCGUCCGAGAUGCAGGAAGGUCCGCGCUGGUCAAAAGGACGCGAUGAACAUCGUAACGAUUUCGGUGACGCGUACAAGAAGAACCGCGAUUUGAGUUCAGUUCCAGGCUUAAGAAGUAUCGAUCACCAGAAUUCUCGCGAUCACGAAGCCAAUCGGCCAAACAGCCAGACCCAACUAUGUGCGAGACCUCCAGCAGAACCCGAAUGGAACAUCGACAGGAUGAAUGAUCCAAUGAUGAAUCCAAAACGCGACAAAGCGGUCGAAGCAAUAGUCAGUACAAUACUGAAGAAGCACCAGUAUUUAGCCGAAUGCGGCGAUGAAGAGAGGAUACGUGUGAUAGAAGAACUCAAGAACGAACUCGGGCAGCUCUUCAUAGACAUGUUCGGUGAUCGAGACAUCUCUUACAUAGAGAUAAUGAUAAAAUACAAGGCUAAAUUCGGCGACAAAGAUGAGGAGGUCAUGAUUGAAAACGUACUGUCGAAGCUAUCCAUCGAGAUGAGAUGCUUAAAGAGAUCAGCGCCAGAACCAACCGAUAUUCCCGCGAAGGCAGCCCGCCGUUCGCCGGAGCCUCAGAUGAAUACAGAACAAUUGACACCUACAAUGAGCGAAGCCGCGAGCGUUCCAGAUUGGCAGCUGAAUGUGGAACCUCCAAAGGUGGUUUCCGUGCCAGUGGUAGGUGUCCCGCGUGUCGUUGUGCCGCAGCCACUGGUCCCGCAACCAAUGGUCCCGCAACCGCUGGUCUCGCAACCAAUGGUCCCGCAACCAAUGGUCCCGCAACCAAUGGUCCCGCAACCAAUGGUCCCGCAACCAAUGGUCCCGCAACCACUGGUCCCGCAGCCACUGGUCCCGCCAGUGAUUGGACAGCAAUUACCCGAUCCACAGAUAACAGCUGCCACUCAAGUCGCAACUCAGCAAAUCAACGUUCCCCAACAAGUGGCAAUGGCCAUGAUGGCGAAUCAACACAACGUGGUUCCCGCGCCUUGCGAGAAGCCUUACCACCAAAAUCAAGUUCCAGAUUACAACAGUAGCCUGGGCGGAACCGCUCCUAGUCUGGGGUUCAACCUUUAUUUGUGUCAGGAGAACUUUGAACCUUUCACAGAAACCGAGGCGGACGAGAUCAAGUCUUUCUUGAUCUGGCAGACUAUGAAGGUGACCGAAACGUCACGUGGCUGGUCGCCUGACAUCACUUUUAAAGGAUUGCAAAGCGUGAACCGGUACGAGCUGUUCACUAUGGACGAGGCCACCAAGAAAUGGCUCCUCAAGAUAGAUUACAGCGAAUUGAAAAACUUAAACGUUUUGAUGUACACUAUGGAGGAACUUUGGUACGAAAGAGCCGCCAUCUGGCUCCCGGGUCAUUAUUCUAAAAAGACUCGUUUAGAGCCAUUCGAAAAAUUAAAAUUACAAAACAAACGUUUGAAAGACGUCAAUAUAGGUAAGUGGAAACUGGUCAAACAGAUAGUCAAUGUGAAAGGUACGCGAUUGUACGUCGACUUAAGCCCGACCUCCGCGCGAAUGUUGGCCAGAUACAAAAUGAAACUUAGCUACGAACUGCAAAAAGUGGAUGUUUACCUGAAAGCUAGCGCCGUCGAUAAGGACACCUUUGACGCUGGAUUAAAAGAGAAAUCGGUGACUGACCGCAAUUUGAUCUUGAAAACGGCCCGGACCACGCCCAUGCCCGUUAUCCAAAACGGCCCGUCCGUGGUCAAAAUAACUUUGGACAGAACGAGAUAUCUCACCCCGGGGCAGACGUUUAAACUCCGUGAAAUCGUGAUAUAUCAUUUGUUCAGAUACCUGGAACACGGCGGUACGGGAAGCACAGAUUUCGAGAAGUACGGCUUUAUAUCCCCGAACAUAGUGGGCAUCGUACCGGAAAACGAAGAGUCGAAACGUUGGUUGCUCAACCACCAGUUUGGGAAACUUCACUAUUCGCAGAUCAUGGUCAUGUGUGGGGGGCCACAGGACAACGUGACGUACAUGACGAUGCACGUUUCCGUGCCUACUUACAAAAACAGUCCCAAAACUAGCGUGAUAUUCGAAGGAAUCAAGAAAAGUAACGCAAACAUCAAAGGAUUAAACACGCAUCUAUGGAAGCUUAGGGGUGUCCAUCAUUCGAAACAGAAAAGCGAGACCAAACUUCAUCUGGAUGUAGACAUCAAGUCAAUCGAAAAGUUGAUCGAAAUGAACUAUGCUAUCAGUUACGCGGACAGCAACAACCGAAAGCACACCCUCACCGUGAAGCAUGAUUAUUCGGAAGCGAAAUUUAUGCGCCUGGUGAAACGUCAUAAAACCGAAAUGGACGAUAGUUCCGUCGUGAAUAUGGAGUUUAGUUCGGACGAGGAUGACGUCAUAUGCUUAGAAUAAACAUUUGUAUUAUUCACGAAUAGCUUGCAAAAUUAGAGUUAAGGUUCGUUUUAAAAUUACACAAUAAAAUUAAAACGUACA